AUGUAUACAGUUGAACCGGCUGUAGCUGAAUUGGCUGCCUUUUGUAUCGUGAGCCAAGCAGUCGAUGGACUUGUUCCCGUAUUAGUAUCUUUACCAGAUUUCAUCACAUAAUGUCAUAAUACCAUUACACCGGGUAUCGGCAGCCAAACGUCACGAUACCCUGAUACUGAUCAACAAACGAACACCGGUAUCGAUACCAGCCCGUUCUAUCCGCGGGUAACCACUUUUAUACUACAGAAAGAAUACGACCAUCAUGAAGUUUGAGGAAUCUGAGUGGAUUUGGUGUAUCCAGCUCGAUACCCGAAAAGAAGUGUAUCCUGGGAAGCUGAGGAAUAUGAGUGGAUUUGGUGUAUCCGCCCGAUACUCAAAUAAGGUAAGGGUGUAAGUGAAGGUGAGGGUGAGGG